CUUCUCGCACCGUUCAUGGAGCCGAUCGGCCGGCAGCGGCCCAGCCCCGCCGUGGGGCCGGCUCGGCCUGGCUCUCUACUCGGCUUCCCCGUCGCUCGGCCUAAGCUCCCCGGCCCGGCCCAACCGUCCGCCUCCCCUUCGGCCCCGCCGCAGCCCAGCCCGCCGUUCUCCUGGCUGCGGUUGCUCUCUCAGCUCCUUUCCCCUCUGCCCGCUCUGUUGCAGCGCCUGCGGCCCGGCCCGGCUCUGAGCAGCGCUCUGUGCCCCGCUGGGCCCUCAGCUCCGCCGCCUCCUUUGCUGUUGCCGCCCGCAGCGCUGCGAUGGGCCGAGGAGAAGGGCACGGAGGGCACGGAGCCCGCCCGGGGGCUGGUUGUGCCUCACGCCGGGUUCCUUUCCUUCGUGCUGGGUGCGAACAGCCCGGACUGCCGUUCCUCCGGCAGCCAUCUGCCGCAGCCUCUGAGCGCCGAGGGGUGGGGAGGGCAGGGUCGGCUGGUUGAGUUGGAACGGCUCCGCAGCAAACGGCUGGAUUGCUUACGGCUGCGGGGAAUGGCCGUGCCCGAGCCGGAUCACGGGUAUCACAGCCUGGAGGAGGAGCAGCAGCAGCAGCAGCACAGGGGAGCCCUGAGAGGAGAUUGCGAGCAGCGUGGUGUGUGGAGGCAGCCCGAUGAGUUGGAGGGAUCCCGGGGUUCGGCUGAGAAGGGAGAAGUGCGGGAGGAACUUUGUGCUGCGGAGGGCUCUGAAACAGAGAGAAGCCUGUUUGUGUCGGUCAGGCCUGCCUGUGCUAAUAAGUUAAUAGACUACAUCCUGGGGGGGAACUCCAGUGGGGAGGAGAGUGCGGAUGAUGAGGAAGACUGGGAUGAUGAUGAUGAUGAUGAUGGGUUUGACAGCGAAGGGCUGCUCUCGGAUUCAGAUGACAGCAGCCAGAACGGGGAGAGGUUGCAUCUUUGGAACUCCUUCUUCAGCCUGGAUCCUUACAACCCUCAGAACUUUACAGCAACCAUUCAGACAUCUUCCAGUGAGCCGGGGAAGGCUUUGCCCUGUGUGGCCAAUGUGGGAGAGGAGGAGGAGGAGGAGGAUUCUUCAUGGGCAGAGUCGUCUUCGGGCUCUCCUCACCCCAGUUCGGAAGAUGAGGACGAAUGGGAUUGCAGCAGCGUGGACGAGGCAGAAAACUUGAAACUUUGGAACUCAUUCUGUACCUCAGAUGAUCCUUAUAACCCUUUAAAUUUCAAGGCACCCUUUCAAACAGCGGAGAAAAGAGGGAAGCCCAGCCUCAAAGGAACAGAGGGGCUGAGUUUGAUCAGUUCUGAGCAUAGUCGCUUAACUGUCUGUCGGGUACAGCUGGAAAAGCAUAACUGUGGGGUCGCAGACUUGGUGCAGCACGGCAUUCUUUCUGGUGAAAAAUGUAGAAGUACCAAGAGGAAAAAGGUGACCUUCCUUGAAAAAGUGACAGAGUAUUACGUGAGCGGUGAGGAGGAUCGUAAAGGACCCUGGGAAGAGCUGGCACGAGAUGGCUGCAGGUUCCAGAAACGCAUCCAAGAGACAGAAGAAGCCAUAGGAUAUUGCUUCACUGCAGAGCACAGACAGAGAGUUUUGAACAGGCUCCAACAAACCAACCACGAGGAGGAGGGUUUCUUCUAGCACCUUAACACUGGUGGUUGUGUGACCCUGAGCCUCACCAACAUCUUCCAAACCAGAACUGGCAGCUGCGUGUGCUGUUUGGAAAUGGGGAGCAAAGUGGGAUUUGAGCUCUUUUCCCUAGUUUAAUAUUCAGCCACAAAUACCCCCAUGUGUGUGUGUGUCCCAUUCUGAUGGACAGACAAAACCUUCCGAGUAUCCUUGAGGCUGAGGGUGGUGUAAUUGCGUUGCCCUUAAGUAACACCUGAGGAAACAGACUGCUUUAGGUUAAAAUCCAUUCCAAAAAAUGCCUUGUCUGCCGUACGUUGAGAAGUGGUGGCUGUUAAGUUGGGAAUUUUGCACUUUGAAAAAAGCAAAACCUAUUUUGAAGGAAAUAUUUAUGGGAUUCAGAACCUCGUUAUUGCAGUUUUGAUUUAAAGUUUGUGUUGGCACGUGCUGUUUUGGUGUGGUUCUUUAUUUCUUCUAACCUGUACAGAAGUCUCCAGUUCUUGUUAGCUAAUGGUGUUAACCUUACUGUGCAAAGCAGGUGUGUUCUCCUCCCCUGUAGGAUCCCAGUUUUGAGUCUGACUGAUGGACUGUGUGACACUUUGUCUUCAUAUUUCAGUCUGUGAUGCUGAGGGGGAGCUCUGGUGCACUGCACGCCCUUUGGUUGUCUCUAUUGAAGUCAAACCUUUACCCAGUCCUGUUCCAAAGGGUGUUGUCUACUUGUGAGCCACCUCUUUCAGGGCUCUGAGUUCAGAUAGCUGUGCCUGGGGAGCUGCACCAUCAGAUGAUCUUCAGCUCAUCUUAGAACAACUUCAGCAUGAUGGAUUCUGCUUGUUGAAGACGGAUUGAAGUGGAGUGUUCUUCAUUUUUGUUAUUAUCUGGUCCUUGCAAGGAGAAUUAUCUUCAGCUUCUGGAAAUCUAUCACUAGGGAUGCUGUGUUGUUACCAAAAGCAGUAUUGAGACCUCUGUGCGUCUUUACCUUUGUUCACCUUGUAUCCUAACAGCAUUUUAUGUCUGGGAUCUCACACUUGAGGUCCUUGGUGGAAGGAAAGCCCUCAUUAUUGAUGCUCCUAACUUGAAGUGUUUCACUGCUGCUCAGCCCAAAUAAAGCAGGGCAGUUUGGGUACGUUUUUGGAGCUGAAAGCUGUUGGAUUUCAGUUGGCCAGGCCGUGAGGUUGUGCAGUGGAAUAAAUGUCAAACAUUAAACCUAAAGAAUUUCCUAUCACUUUGCAAAAUGUGGUGCAAGUAAAUGAUUUGCUGCUUGAUUUGUUCAGCUGAGCACACGUGGAUCUGUUGUUGGAAGGGAGAAAGCUGUAUUUGAAUCCAAAAGGCAGUGAUGGAUUUGUGGAGAGAAGAGCUUCCCAAAAUACUGAGUUUUCUUCUUUGUUUUUGGCCCUGCCUUCAUUUGUCUCAGAUUUCAGAGCUCUUGAUGUUGACACUUUUUGUCUUCAGCAUCUUUGGAUUUAAAAAUUGCAUUUCUUUGCUGCAGGUUAGGAGUGUUAGAAUUAAGGAAUGCCAGCUGAAAUACAGGAGAGCUGCCACAAUAAUAAAAGCUCACUGGUCUUUUAGAUUGGUUCACUGGAAGCCACACCACGUUGCUUGAAUCCCUUUGCAAUGAAGAAAUUGUUCUCCUCUCCAUCACAUCACGCCCUCAGAUUCCACAGAGCAGCUUUCUGUGGUUAGGAGUCCAUUCUGCUGUGCUGUUUGAUAACUGCUCUGCUUUUUAUUUGUGCUUAGGGAAAAGCAUGCAGGACGAUUGAUGUGUUGGAAUGACAGGAAACGUGGUGCUGUGCGACCCCAGCAUGGCUGAUAAAUCAAAAUGCUGUUCCUUGCCCUUGGUAAAACGCACCAUAUUGAUUUUUCCAUGGCGUUCCUCAUCCAUUUCUGUUGCUCCAGCUGCUCUGGUUGGCACACCUGGUGUUGGCACAGAGUUCUGCAGUGAUGUGAAUUAACACCUGCUAACGCUGCUCCACUCUUUGCAGACACUUGGGAAAGGCUGCAGCUGAAAGGAGCAGCGUUGACAAAUGGCCCCCAAACUCCAUUGCUGAGCUGCUGCUUCCAACAGCGCUUCUGAUUGCUGAGAUGAUUGGUUUCAACACCAGCACUCGGUGCUAAAACUGGUGGUUCUCAGUGAGGAAUUGCAGCUUGGUGAGUCCUCUCCCUCCUCUCAAACCUGAUGCUUUCAAAUUGUCCAAUGCAAGGCGAUGAGAAGUCAUGGAAACACUAAAUUAAGGAGCAAGCUAAGCUUAUUAGUCCCCAUUUCCCCUAUAAUGUCCCUUAAGGUGGUCUUGCAGGACGUGUGUGUGUGGUUUAAGUGAGAUGUGAAAACCAAUUGCUGAACUUUAAAUCAAAACUGUGAUUACCAGAUUUUAUUUUUGUAUGAUUUAGAGAAAGCCAGGAGACCUUCAGCGUUGGCUUUAUGCAGAUUUUAAUUGAUUUGCAUCGAGUUUGUUGGGUUUUUAUAAAUCUAAAAGUUCUAUUUCUGUACAUAAUGAAACUAUUCAGAACUAAUCUGUAAAUUGUAAUAAAGAUAUUUGCAGGAUAAA